AUCGAGAAAAUGAAAUCGUUUGGGAAUUUCGGGGCAUUCUGCCUACUCAUCCUCGUCGCGGGUCUCAGUGCUGGAGUUGAAGCUCGGCGGUUGGCCCUGCGUCCGUUGUCGGUGCGGGAGCUGCGCGCUGCCCUGAGGGAGACAGGUCUGGAUGAAGAUUCCGAGGCUGGAAGAUCGAUUUCCUCUGCUUUGGCUGGCAUCACAGGCUUCGCCCUGGGCAUCACCAAGGGCGUCGGUGGCUCCCUACUCUUUGACGUGAUCACCUCGAAUGCCACAAUCCAGUAUGUCACCAAUCUGCUGAACACCACCUCCUCCUCAACGACGGGAACCACUGGCACUGCUCAGGAGAUCUGCUUCAAGAGCCGCAGUGCCGAUGGAGAGACCAUCAGUGGACGGAGUAGCAAUAACAGAGAUUCGAGUGAUGAUCUAGUCUACAGCGAUCCCAUUAGCUCAGAGCUGUCCGGUGAGGAGCGACAGUUGGGCACAGGGACUGGCACCGGCACGGGGUCAUCCGGUGGAGGCGUCACCUGCAUUGUGCUCAACUCUGGAGUCAGGCGGCGACGUCAGCUGGUGGUACGCCCUGAUACGACUGCAAACACUCGCAACCGCAACCGAUCCCGGCGCCAGUCCAAGCGGCGAGUCGACCAGAGGGUUCGCUGAGCACAGUCUUUGAACUUAGACGACCCCUAACCUACUUUAAGCUAUCACUUAUUUAUUGAU